AUGGUUCAAGGCCAUUCUGAGAUAGCUGCACUGUGUGUCGGCCUGAUCGGGCUGAUCGGGGUGGCAGCUACUACGGGGAUGCCCAUGUGGAAGGUGACAGCUUUCAUCGGAGAGAAUAUAAUUGUGAUGGAAACUCGCUGGGAGGGCUUGUGGAUGAACUGCUACCAACAGAGCAACUUCAGGAUGCAGUGUAAGGUGUACGACUCACUGCUGUUCCUGUCCCCGGAAUUACAGGCAUCCAGGGGUCUGAUGUGCUGUUCUCUGGCCUUAUCAGGGCUGGGGCUCCUUGUGGGUCUGGCGGGAAUGCGAUGGAUUUCCUGUUUCCAAGGUAAUCAUCGGGCUAAAACCUUUAUCCUGAUGGUUGCAGGUAGUAUGCAACUUAUGGCCUGCAUUUGUGUCUUUAUCCCAGUGUCAUGGACAGGCCACGUCAUCAUUAGAGAUUUUUACAAUCCUUUGCUAAUUGAUGCCCAGAGGAGAGAGCUGGGACAGGCUCUCUACAUUGGUUGGGUGACUGGCGCCUUCCUUUUUGCCUCAGCUAUGUUGUUUGUUUGCCGCCGUUUGCCCUCAGACAAAGGCUCGUUCGACGUGCACUACCCAGCCAACUUGUUUGGUUACAAGCCAGCACCCAGCAGGCCACCUCUGACAUAUCAUCCCAUCUCUGGUGUUUCUAGCCUUCGAUCAACUGCAUAUCAACCUUCUCUGCAGAACAACGGCUCUGUUGGACAACAAGCUACCCUACUGCAAAAUGUCCCGCAAGUAAUGACAAAUGAUGGAGCAUUAAUUAACCCUUCUCUUGUUCAUGAUCCAAGUCUGCCUGAAAAUGUAUCACUGUUAUAUCAAGGUAACAUGGCUCACUGUUCACCUGUGCAGAUUGCUAACCAUACUGGAAACCUGUACACACCACAGAGCUACUUAUACCUAAGUCGAAACACCUCACCAUAUUCCCUGGCUCGUACGGACAAUCCCACUGCAUCCAGCCUGUCCAGCUUUCAUCCAGUUAAACAGAAUCCUAUUUUCAUAACAUAUAAAGCAUCAAUAAUUGAACCAGUGUCUGACAGUGGGAGCAGUGUUGGUCUAUACAUAUAA